AUGUUAACUGCCUUAUUUCUUCUAAAAUUGUAUGCGCAGCUUCAGUUGCAAUUAAACCAAGAUCUAGGCAUCUUGCAUCAAGAUGAUGGCUCAUCAAAAAAUAAAAGAGGAGUUCUUCCCAAGCACGCUACAAAUGUGAUGAGAUCUUGGCUUUUUCAGCACAUAGGGCAUCCGUAUCCAACAGAGGAUGAGAAGAAACAGAUUGCAGCACAAACAAAUCUGACACUACUCCAGGUUAACAAUUGGUUUAUCAAUGCUAGAAGGCGAAUUCUUCAGCCAAUGCUGGAUUCCAGUUGUUCCGAAACUCCAAAAACAAAGAAGAAAACAGCUCAGAACCGACCGGUUCAGAGGUUCUGGCCUGACUCCAUUGCCUCAGGAGUUGCUCAGCAGCAAUCUAAUGAGCUCACAAUGUCAGAUGGUGCUGUCGUAACAAUUACAGCUCCAGUCAACAUGAAUGUAGACAGUCUCCAGUCUUUGUCAUCCGAUGGUGCUACUUUGGCUGUUCAGCAAGUUAUGAUGGCAGGGCAAAGUGAGGAUGAAUCUGUAGACAGCGGUGAAGAUGAUGGAGGAGAUCUCUCGACAACAAAUAUCAGUGGGCUGGUCUUGGAUAACAGCGAUUCUCUGCAGUAG